AUGUUUGUACAACACUUAUGGUGCAUAGCUACUGGAAAUCGUCAUAGGCUCUUUCACAUCAACCUUGCAGGAGGAGCUGCUGCUAUUACUGAAACAUGGAGAUUUAGGAAGUCGGUUAAUUCAUGCAUUGAACAAAUUCUUUGCAUGGAUGGAAGCCGAAUGCAAAAAGAGUUGGCAAAUAUAAUGUUGAGAAGAUAUCAUAUUUUGGCAUUCACAUUUGAGGAAGUAAUCCGUUCAAAGGCUUAUAGUGGAGGUGUUUAUUGGUUAGCUUCUCUAACACGCAUGGGCGAAAAGACUACCCUUCUAUCACCCGAUCCUGUUGUUACAUCUGGCAUUCCAUGUUGCAGGUUAGUACAGAACCCUGGUGAAUUUGUAAUGACAUUUCCAAGGGCUUACCACAUAGGAUUCUACCAUGACUCUAAUAUCAAACCAUUGUCUUUAAAGGUUUCAAUUGUGGGGAAGCUGCUAAUUUUGGAGCCCCCAAAGUGGCUUUCAGUAGCUAAAGAGGCUGCAGUGCACAGAGCUGCCAUGAAUUUUCUUCCUAUGCUUUUUCAUCAACAAUUGCUUUACCUAUUGACCAUGUCAUUUAUUCCAAGGGUGCCUAGGUCCUUGUUACUAGGGAUAAGAAGCUCUCGUUUAAAAGAUCAUCAGAAAGAAGAACAUGAGCUUUUGGCGAAGAAGGAAUUCAGUUCUUCACCAUUCCAUUAA